CACAUGAAUCCACAGCUCGUGCUGGUGCUGGUGCAGCCCCUCCCAAGCCGCCUGUUUACUCGGAGUGGCGCCCCGUCACUCGCAGCUCCCUGCAUGCUUUGCGCGCGCGGGCGGAAGUUCCUGCGUCACGCUCAGUGGAGUGUAUUGCGGGAGAUGCAGUUCGCCAGCGGACGGAUCGAGCGCCUCCGAUCACCUGUUACUCCAUGAAAAGCCGCGCAUCCACAGCGAUUACUUUCAGCGACUUGCCAUUCAGCAUUAACUCUCUCAGCGGACUUCCCCUGUCACGCUUCGGCUAACGACGCCCGAAGCCUCCAGCCGUCCGUACGGAUCAGUAAGAAGUAUAUUUAUGGAGAGCAGUGAGUAGGGGAGCGUGUGUGCGCGGUGCGCGGUAAGAUGCGGGCACUUUGCGCCCGUUAACGGCCGUUUGCGAGGCGCCCCAGCCCCUGUGCCCAGGUAGGCGGCUCUGAUUGACAGGCGUGAAUGAUGCGGCUCUUGGUGCGCCAGUCGCUGGCCUGAGCGGACGGCGGCGACCCCCCCUCCCCUCCCCUCCCAGUGUAGGCAGCAGAUGCCCCACAGCCCGCUGUCUGCCUGUGUCUCGUCAGAGGGAACUGCGCACCGGGUGGAGCUGGCGCUGUGCACCCAGGGGGCAGACCCUUGCUGGACCUCCAUUCCAGGCGGAGGCGCCAUGAGGACUUGAGCCGGCUGGAACGUCGCUGAGCCUGUGCCUCGCUUGCUGCCCGCCCUGCGCUGCCCAUCCUGCGUGGACCACCCACGCAACAGCUAUGGAGUGGUCCCUGGAGGGGGUGCGGGGACUGGUGGCGGGCGGCAUGCAGUCGGUGCGGGAGUGUGAGUCCAGCGCCCUGGGCACCGGCCUUUGUCUCCUGCUGCUCUUUGUCUGGUACUGCUACCGUGUGGGGCGAGAGCACGGCUCCCCGCCACCGCUACGUGGGGGCUAUGUCAGCGAGCCAGGCCGCUUGACGGUGGGAGGCGGCCCUCGGAUGUCACUGAGUGGCUCUGAGGCUGGGGGGGCCAGGGUAAAGGGGGGGCCGGCCGGCAGUGCAGAGGAGCAGAAUGGAUUCGCCUACUGCCAGUCGGCAGAGUGCUUCCGCUGCGUCCAACCUGGCGAGGGCCUGAACCAGCGGCUCUACCACAGCCUGCAGGACUAUGCCAAGCGCUACACCUGGGCCGGCAUGGGCCGCGUGCACAAGGGCGUGCGUGAGCAGGGCCGCUACCUGAGCAGCCGCGCCUCCAUCCAGAAGCCGGAGGUCUUCUUCCUGCCUGACUUGCCCUCAGCGCCCUUCUUCUCGCGUGAGGCCCAAAAGCAUGACGUGGAGCUGCUGGAGCGGAGCUUCCCAGCUCUGCUGGCCGAGUUCCAGAGUGUGUACCAACAGGUGCCGGCACGGGCCGGCGUGCAGCUGCCGACCGGCUGGAAGGCCAACGGCACGCCCCGCGGCCAGUGGUGGACCUUCUACCUGGUGAACCAGGGCACGCCCCUGGCCCGCAAUGCCCGUCGAUGCCCACGCACCUGGCGUGUUCUGGGCCAGCUGCGUACCUUCAUCGCCAACAACGUGUUCGGUAACGCCUGCUUCUCCGUCCUGAACCCCGGCACUCUGGUCACUGAGCACUACGGACCCACCAAUGUACGGCUGCGCUGCCACCUGGGUUUAAAGGUGCCCCCCGGCUGUGAGCUCGUUGUCGGGGGGGAGCCCCAGUGCUGGUCUGAGGGGAGCUGCCUCCUAUUCGAUGACUCCUUUCUGCACACUGCCUUCCACGAGGGCAGCGUGGAGGACGGACCCCGGGCUGUCUUUAUGGUGGACCUCUGGCAUCCCAACGUGGCGGCUGCCGAGAGACAAGCACUGGACUACAUCUUCACCCCUGGCCGCUGAGGGGAACGGAGGGAUAAGGGAGAGGGGGUGAGAGAGAGGGAGAGAUGGGGGGAGGAGAGAGCGGAAGAGGGGGAAGAGGAGAGAG